ACCCCCGUCGAGUGACGUCAUCUCGGCGCCGUCGCGCGAUGAUGACGCUAUCUCCACGUCGCCGGUCCACAGCCGCGGAUCGAGAUGGCGGCGGCGGCGGCGGCGGACGGAGAGGUGGCGGUGGGCGACGGAGCCGCGAAGCCGCUGUUUGCAGGUCUUGCAGAUGUGUCAAUAUCAGAAGACAUCCCUGUAGAAGGAGAAAUUACUGUUCCUGUGGGAUCUAAUACCCCAGACGAAGACUAUUCCACAUUAGAUGAGCCAGUAAAAGAGACAGUUAUGCGAGAUUUAAAAGCAGUUGGAAAGAAAUUUGUCCAUGUCAUGUAUCCCAAAAAGAGCAGUGCCCUCCUCAGAGACUGGGAUUUAUGGGGCCCAUUAAUCCUAUGUGUUUUACUUGCACUAAUGCUUCAGGGAGGAGCAGCAGAUAGUACAGAAGACAGAGGCCCUCAGUUUGCAGAAGUCUUUGUUAUCAUCUGGUUUGGAGCAGUUGUCAUAACACUAAAUUCCAAGCUCCUUGGAGGAACCAUAUCUUUCUUUCAGAGCCUUUGUGUCCUGGGCUACUGCAUCCUGCCACUCACCGUGGCUCUUUUAGUGUGCAGGCUUGUACUGAUAGCAAACAGUGGGACUGCUGGCUUCAUUGUGCGUCUUUUAGUUGUGGUAACAAUGUUUGGCUGGUCAACUUUAGCCUCUACCGCUUUCCUGGCAGACAGCCAACCCCCAAACCGCAAAGCUCUCGUUGUCUACCCCAUUUUCCUUUUCUACUUUGUCAUCAGUUGGAUGAUCCUCACCUUUACGCCAUAGUGAAGGUGCUCUCAGCAAAGACGACAAAACCGAAUGAAGGUGUUUUUGUUGCUUUUCAGUGAAAACCUCUCUCUGUGGUUAACCUGCCUGCCUCUUGCUCUGCUUCUGCCGAUAUUUAUAAUGAAUGCUGUGAAAAGGCUGGCAGGUUCCAUGUCGGAAACCACAAACUGCUCUUACUCCUAUUUCUUUGAAGAGCACUACUGAUAUCUCCGUGCUGAGUUCUGUUUUCUACCGAUUCUGUGUCAGCCUCCAGUCAGGAGAAUGGCUAAAUGUAAUCCUAUUCUGGCCAUCGAGAUUGUUGACAAAAGAAAAGACUGUCUAUCUAGAGUUAACUGAUUUAUCAACAGGCCACAGUUCUUUAGGAGAGAAUACUAUGUUACAGUUUCAAAAUAUUUGCUUUCUUGGGAUGGGAAAUGCUAUCCAAUUUCACUUAUUGUCCAAAAACUAAAAGGGAACAGGUGCAGAAAGAUGGUCUUUUUCAGUUUUUCAUCCGUUUUUAGUUGUUCAAAUCAGUGCAGUCUCUUCACUCCCUGCGCAUUGGUUCAAAAGGCCUUGUGGAAGAAGACAAGGAAAGAGCCACAAGAGACCUGGGAUCGCUCUUUAAUGCAGGAGGGGAAAGAAGCUGCACCAGACUAGUCAGCAGUUAAGGGUAGAGAGGCAGAGUUUGGGAGGCUUUGAUUCUGGAAACAUGAAACACAGAGUUCAACUUCUGACCUCCGCGUGGAGCCUGGUCGUCCGAAAGGAUUUCAGCUGCAUCGGAUCUGGCAUCCCACCCCGUGUCCCGCAGGGAUGGCCUCUCUUAUAGAAGGACUUGUGAAAAGGGCCGUGGGUGUCUCUGCGAGUUCUGGCUUUUUAAUUACAAAACGGGGAAGCUAUUUAUUUAGUAAGGUAGGGCACAAGCUGGGCUUUUGGGGCUCUGCACAUUCACAUCCAUUGUGAAGGUUCUGGAAGAAUCUGCUCUUGAAACGAAAUUCUUUUUCUUGUCUAGCCAGAUGUAGGCGGUAGUUGACAGCUUAUACGUGAUUUAAUUCUCAUGGUGUAAUUAAUAGCUUAUUUUGUAUUAUUACCUGUUAAAUUAAUUUUAUUUUGUUGCAUACUUGUUGGGGUUUUGAAGAGUAAAACUGUUCUCUCUAUAUAUAAAUUACUUCUUUGUGUUUCUUUCUGAAAAUAUUUGCUGUUUUUUUCUGUACUGUGAGUUUUAUAGGCCCCUUUUUAUUUUCUCCUAAAAUUCCAGCUAUUGGGCUUUUGUUUCUCUGGGAUAAAUUGCUUUGUUCUCCUUGCUCUGUUUGCCAUCAUAUGUAAAAAAAGAUAGGGCAAGUUGAUAUGGAAUAUUAUUUCUAUGGAAAUGUAAAGGUAUCUGCAGGGAGACUUAAAAGAACCUCUUUAAGGUUAUUUCUGCUUAUAACAAACUGAAUUUAAAUAAUCUCUGUGUAAGGAAAGUUCUUUUUAAAAUACUUGCUGUUUUUUCCAGAGGAAUUUAAGAAAAGGUGCCCUACAGAUCCAUUAAAAUUAAUUUUCCAUGUGAAAUUUUAUUUCAUAUAUCAUUCUAAUUGGGCACAAAUGUCAGCUUUAUCCUUCUCUUGACCGAUAUACAUUGGUCCAGGUUUGGCCUGGAAAUAAAACUUUACAUGGUAAUUUAGAGGUGAUUUGGGCAGCAUAUACAUUUAAUAGUUUUCAUUUGAGUCGGACUUAAUUCCAUCGUUAUGUCUGUGUACUUACAAGGUAAUUAAGUAAGUUUGUUGACAAGGAAAUCUUUUGGUCAAAACCAGAGAUAAGGAUCCUGCUUUCUUUUGACAACAGCAGCUUAAGCCAGUUUGGUUGCUUGAAAAUAUCUCCACUCUUCAACAUUAGGACAACUGGUUUUAGAAAGGGAAACUGGUGUUGGUCUUCUGACUUGAAUCUACCAUUUAAAUGGCAACAGCACUUAAACUUGUAUAGCCCUCUCUAAGCAGUUUAGAGUCAGCAUAUUUCCCAGAACAAUCUGGGUCCUCAUUUUGCCAACCUCAGAAGGAUAGAAGGCUGAGUCAACCCUGAACCUCGUCAGGAUUGAACUGCUGGCAGUGAGCAGUGAGUUAGCCUGCAAUCCUGCAUUCUAACCACUGCGCCACCACGGCUCCUUUGCAGUUUCAUGGCAGAAGAAUAUUGUUCUGUAGGCUCUGGAUGAGAGUUAUGUUUAUAGGUUAUUUUAUUGAGACAAUAUGCUAUCUGUAAAAGUAGUCAACCUGGAACAAAAUAAGUUAUUUGAUGUAGUUAGUCCCACCCCUUUUGAUAACAUGAUACAUGCCAUGUAAUAUGGUGCAAUUUUUUACAUGCUUGUUACACCAGUUGUACUUUUUUCUUAUUUUUUUUUAGUGUUUCACUAAGAAAUUUGCGAUGUGGCGUUAACUAAUCGUUAUUUGCAAUAUGUUUCAGUUACUGUGAUGAGACCUACAGAGGCUUUUAUUUAUUUACCUUUUGCUGGUUAUAUAGCAGCCUGUCUUUUCUCCACUAACACAAAUGCUUGUUUACAAAUAGUAAAUUCUCUGCUCUGGUGACUGACUUUUUAAUAAGUUUUUUUCCCCCUUAAUAUUGAGAUUCAAAAAAAUAAUAGUUAAGAUUAUGCUCUCUUUUUUUCUCUGUUGUGACCAACCGAGAAAACGGGGUUCGAAAGUGUCAGUAAAUGAUCCGAUGCUAUUCCAGAGUGAAGGAUCUGCAGCUGGCCAGGGCAGACCGAGGCAAAGUCCAUAAACACAAGAUGUAUCAUGCAGAAUGCUGUUAUCAUCAUCACCAUUACUGAAAUUUGUAAGACGGCUUAACUCUGAUGACACAGGGCAGUGUGAAGUAAAACAAUCAUACAGUACAAUUUUACAAAAUUAUAGAAUGUGGUUGAUUGGUUUGGAGGUGAUUGAUACAGAAAGAAGGGCAACGUUUAGUGAUGUUCUUAACAAUCUGUCAUAUCCACAUAUUGUUCAUCAUGUGCUGCAGCCAAAGAGGCCAACUGACACAAUUAAUACUGGAGUUGUACACAAUAUAAUUACUAGUGUUUACAUUGGGGCAGGGCAUAAUAUGUGUAAAUUCUUUAAUUGUUUUGUAAAUGAAUAUACUGAUAGGAAUAUGCAGUAUAAAUCUAUGUAGCUCACAAAAUCUUUCAACUGUCACUUUCAAUCCUUAAAAUACCAAAUUUUAAAAUGUUACAUAAGUGUCUAAAACUAUGGUAUGAGUAGGAACUUUGACUGACUCACAGAUUGUAAUUGAAAAGUUGCUGGCAUCUGAGACUACUUUUUAAUAAAAUAAACUCUUAUGAAUAGGAA